GAAACACCCUGUUUACUGUGCAACGACAACAACCCUACCAUUGGAGCAUGCAAAACCCUGUUUACAGAAUCAUGUAUCUUGACCACAGUUGGUGGCAACAAAAAGGUGCAAUAAAGAAAAGAAAAGGCUUCUGCAAGUUUUCGUGACCUCGCUACUUGUAGUAGUACAGUUGGGUCUUCUUCUCACGUGACCUCUGCUCUUUGCUACGGAUGGAAAACUUGAGGUUCAGAAACAAGACGGGUCAGACUUCUUAUAUAGAAACACCAAGAAGUUGCCAUUACUAUCUUUCCUGCCAAGAAACCAACGAAAGCGGGAAGGAAACUUAUUAGAACGCCUAAAAAAAAAAAAAAAAAUUCCUGCACACUCGUCCACACAGCCACCACUGUUUAUAUAACUUGGCGUUAGGGUUCAAACACACAGUUGUCACAGUCCUUUUCAAUUUCGCAGCCAUGGACGAUGUUAGGGGUACCUCUGCUUGGGUCGCCAACCACUCUUCUCACGUCGUCGUCGACUCCUCAGGGAUUGAGAAGGUGGCGGAGACUAUAGACGAAAUUCCGAAGGUGAACUGGGAUUUCGAAGGGAUUCACUAUUUUGACAAUGGGCCGCUCACGGUUCAGUACCUCUUUGUGUUGGAUGCUUUGAAUUUCUGCUUUUGGCCAGAUGAGGACUUAAAUUACGACAAUUUGGCAGCAGGUCUAAAGGAAGCUCUACUGAAUGACAAAUCUGCAUUUGAUGCUGAUCGUCUGCAGAAGUACACUGGUCCUGAACUAAGGGAGCUGUUAAAAUGGCCUAGGCCACUACCUUUGGAGGAUGAGAGAGUUCGCUUGUUACAUGAGGUUGGAUUCGAGCUUGAGAGAAGCUUUGAUGGGAAAGCAUCCAAUCUUGUGGAGUCCUGUGGAAAAUCAGCUGUUAAGCUUGUAGCUAUGGUUACUCGUCACUUUCCUGGCUUUCGAGACCACUCGGUAUACAAAGGCCACCAAGUAUUCUUGUAUAAAAGAGCUCAGAUACUUGCUGCAGAUUUAUGGGGUGCAUAUGGUGGCAAAGGAUAUGGAGAAUUUUAUGACAUUGGGUCGAUCACUAUUAUGGCCGACUAUAUUGUUCCAGCUGUGCUUCGGCAGCUUGGUGUGCUCAAAUAUAGUGAAACCCUUGCCAGCAUGAUCGAGAAGAAAAGUGAAAUAGAUCCAGGCAGUGAGGAGGAAGUUGAACUACGAGCUUGCUCCAUAUAUGCCGUGGAGAAAAUGAAGGACCUGAUCAGUAUAAAAUUAGGGAGGAAGGUUCUGAGUAUUGAGUUAGACCUUUGGCUGUGGUCUUUUGGCAUCCAAUGUCCUGCUCUGCAACACCACCGAACGCUCUCUAUUUAUUAUUGAGUGUGACUGCACCAUAUACCUAGGAAGUUGGAUAACUUUUGGCUUUGAAGUUUCAGUUAGUCUUUGGAGGAGAAAGAUAAACAAUUUCUGGCAUCCUGCUUUCAUUUUCAGAAAGGUUGCGGCUUUUCAAAUUUUGCAGAGUCCAAUGUAGUUCCUAGCUGACUACUCUUUCUUCCAUCUGUGUCACUUUUUAUAUGUUUUAGCAAACAUAUAAAUUUUAAUGGCUUUGGAAAUGUGUCGGCAGUUUAUUAUCUCAUUUCAUGUUAUCGUAGAAUUGCUUUGGUGAGAGACCUGGUGUUGAUUUGGAACAGACUUUUUAUUGGUGUUUUAUAAGGCAAUGAAAUUUGGUGUUAAUAGUG